CUAGUCACGGUGAUUCUGAUUUUUUGCGCGUAUGGAAAAAUGAUAUCAACAGGUUUCUUUCCCCUUCUGCAAGAGCAAGACUUAGGCCACUAAGGCCUUCAUCCUCUGUAAUUUCUAUCUAGUGCUGGACGCAUAGAUUUACUUAUUUUGUUUUGUGUUUUCCAUUUCCGUCUAGAGGCGGGCCGCUGAAAUCUGUUUUUUUAUUUUUUGAUAACCAAAACCAACACUCACCGAGAGCAAGUCCAAGACCAACGAACGUAAAGUUAUACUCGCUGACGCGUGUUACUCAAUUGCGAAGAGUGGUUAUUCCAAAAGACUAGCUGUUGCGACUAGUAGUACAAAGAAACUACGAAAAUGGGCGGCGUUUCCCAGUCCUCAUGGUAUAAAAGGCUUGCUGUGGCGGCGUUGGCUGUCGCGAGUGGAGCAAGAGGCCAAGAAGUGGAGUCUGUGCUCCAGAUGACAAAGGAGAACGCUGACUCAAUAUUCGCAUCUGAAGAUUUCGUCCUCGUAAAAUUCUACGCACCAUGGUGCGGACAUUGCAAGGUAGCACAGAUACUUCGAUAAGAUGUGUUUUCACAGUCACAGGGACCACUGUUGAAGCAGGAUACACAGAUGAUUUAUUGCUUGAUAACGACCACGACAAUUCCUAUCUAUUGCAUAAAACUACUUAAACUCGUCAAACAGGCUAUGGCCGCCGACUACCAAAGAGCAGCCGCAACUGCUAAGGCAGAGGACUUACCAGUCGUGCUGGCGGAGGUAGACGCCACUGUCCAGUCAGAGCUCGCAUCCAAGUUCAAAGUAGAGGGGUAUCCAACGCUCUACUGGUUUGUCAAAUUAUGCUUGGUACUAGAAGGCACACCAGCUGCUCGUCAACACAAACUGCUACAGAGAGGUUAAUAAAAAAAGAUUUCAUGAAGAUAAAUAGGUAGAGCAGAAGAUAUUUCAAUUUCAGGAUAUUUUAGAAAAGAUAUCCUCUAAUGUAAGGCGCGAAAACAGAGUACACCGGACCUCGGGACGCAGAAGGCAUAAUCGCAUGGCUCAAGGAUAAUAUGGGACCUGGUAAAAGUAUAUAAAUAUAUACUCGGUUUAUGGCUAAUUCGUGUAAUAUUAAAGAUGAUAUGUUUCCUCAUAAUAUCGUUGACCCCGCCCGCCAAUUUUUCUCCACCUGAUCGUACCACCAUCACUGCCAUCAAUACCCCCACCACCAUCAAUACCUCCACCACUACCAAUACCUCCACCACAGCCGUGAAAACCUAUAGCUCAUCGGAAAUCGGCGAUCUGAUUAAGAACAGGAAAUGGUCAACAAAUCUCGUCGUUGGCGAGGGAGAUGAAUCCCUACAGAAGAAGUUGAACGACGUUGCAUUGAAUACAACCCACGUAUCAAUCGCGUUCGUGGAAACAUCGGCAUCACCCAGCAUCACUGUCUACAAGGGAACGGAGGAGACGGUAAUUGAUUUUUUAGCUAGUAAAAUUCCAUUUCCAUGUUCGUGAAUGCUUAAGAUCAACAGACGAAAAUCAAUGAUUACAUUCUACAAUCUCACCAACUUUAACUUCUACUUGUUUCAAGGACUCUUCAUGUCAUCAUGCCACCAACCUCAUCACUACAAAAAACCAGGCCUCAUAUUCGGGCGACUAUGAAGUCGAGAACAUAGACGCCUGGCUCAAGACAGCUCGUGUGCCAGCCUUCGGCCAAAUCAACGAAGACAAUUUUGAGAUCUACCUCGAACAAGCGACGAGCGGUAAUAGUUUUACCUCUUCGCAGUUCUUCUCCUUUGGAGUAUCCUGUCAUUUACGACUAUGCCUAUGGUAGGGAAUGAACUAUCACCUCAAGAACUGGAGGGAAGGUCUUCUCGUAGUGUUAUUUUUCACUUUGUACUUACAAACAGUUGACCUACAACUUGAUUACAACUUGAUUCCUUGUUCUCAUUUCCCUCCCCUCUUUAUCCUUCACCAGGUCUCUUCUGGGUCUGCCUUGAUCCUGAGUCGUUAUCUGACCAACUGAAAAAGUAUUCCUCCAGCGUCGUCACAGCCUACCAGAAAGUUCAAUCGACAAUGCCGGAAUUUCCGUACUAUUUUUAUAAUUGAUGUUACACAUUGUCAUCGACCUUUCACUUUAUUAGGUGCAUGAGCAUGAUGUUGAUGUGCACUUACCUGUAUUAGUUUGUGCUUCACCAAGUUCAAGAUUUUUGUUUUUUCUUGUUUGUAUGACCAGAGAUUUUUUGAUGGACGAGAAAGUGGGAGAGAAGGAGCGAUAUGCAUAUUAGCGAGAGAAGAGAGAUAUUCAUAUUGUACAACAACUACAACGAAGAGGACGUAAAGAAAGUUCGGGAAAAAGAAAAUUAGAACUGAUGCUAAUUAUCGUCAACGAUCCUGUAUGAUCAUCUAAGACGCAAUGAUGAUGAUGAUGAUGAUGAUGAUGAUGAUAUCGUUGAAUAACAAUUACAAUAGAGUCAUGACCCGAAUAAAAAAAUCGGCAAACUACAACAGGAUGCCAUUCGUAUGGCUGGACGUGGCUGAAUUUGAGUCGCAUGCACGUGAGGAACUUGGCUGCAACAACUAUCCCACUAUCGUCCUGCAGAAAGGCAACCUCAUGGGUGAGGACCCGGAUAUGAAGUUAUGUAGAGUAAAGUUGUCCAACCGCUUCUUCUCGAGCAACUAUUUCACGUAGAAGUAGAAGGGCGAAGUGAUAGUUGCACGCUUACGGUAUUCGAUCACAAGGAUUCUCUUCUUGUUUUCCCCUAUGAUCGAAAUCAGGUUACCAAAUACCGGAGCCAUCCAAUAGUGAGCUUCGAGCAAAUAUAUCUCUCUCUCUCACGUCAACUGUCAUAAAAGUCAGUCCAACCACUCUCGAAAAGUCCAUGUCCAUCCAUGUAAUAGAAUCAAAACGAAAAGAAUCUUCCCCUCAACACCCUCAGCUCUAACGGUCGUCGAGAAGUACAUCCGAUCUUUCUCCGACGUACCGAACAAGUUCAAUGUUGAUGCCAUCGUCAAGUUCUUCCAGGACGUGAGCAGUGGCGGACUCGAAGCAGUGCAGGAACCAGAUGAGCUCGACAAGCUGGAUGAGGUCGACGCUGAUGAUGAUGAUGACGAACUUGGAGACUUAGAUGAUCAUGAUGACUUGAAGGAAGAGUUGUAGGAGGAACCGUACUUCUAGGAGACGUUCUACUUUCUCGUGCAAGGUGGAGGAAGAACUGUUGAGGAUAGUAGGAAAAAUCGGCUUUGUCAUGUUCAUGGCCCAGCAUAGGGGAAAGAAAGCAAAAGAUUUUAUAGGAGAACACUCACUGUCGCUGUCCUGUACAUCAUAACAUCAGCAAAUUUGUCAGAACAUAAAAGAGAGCACGCGCACGGCAUGAAUGUGAUUUCUUCAUGGCCCGGAUAACUCCUUUAACAGAGGAUACGCAAAAGUUGGAAUUUUGAACAAAAGAAAUAUCAUGACAACGUGCUUAAUCGUAGUACUCAUCAGAAAUUAUUUCAAUUUCAUGUGACGAUUAUGAAUACGUUUAGUUGAUCAUGUUGAUGUCAUAGUCCGUCGAUGAUUGCGGAGCCUGAUGUUCUCAAGUCUUACCAUGAAUACUUCUAUCACAAAAGUGUAUUUAGCGUUACGCUUUGAAAAUGCUUGUAUUACGAUCUUGAUCGGAACCAGAAGAAGAAGAACUAACGAAAAGAAGUGGCUGAUACAAAAAAUUUAAUUUGAACAUGAAUAUCGCUGAUGCGUCUUUGUUGGCAAUAGAAAGAAGCACUAGAUGGUCGAGCAGUCAUCUCCUUCUGAUGUCGGGAGAAUGGCGUUGUAGCGCUAUCGUAUACUAAGAGGUAAGAAAUCAUCUGACGUAAGCGCACGUGGACAAGCUUUGAAUGUGAGCAUGCUGAUGAAUGCUACUGCUACAUAAUUCACACAAAGAUCUCUCCUCUUCCGUCGGACAAAAAUUGUCCAUCACGACUCUUAUGUCGCUCGCUUUGUUCUUCAGUUUUUAGGUUGCCACGAAUAUCUCACUCUGGGGAUUACCG